CGUUACAGGAAAACAAACCCCUAAUUCCUAAACCCUUUCUCUUCCCCCUUCUCCCCGUUCCAGCCUUGAUUACUCUUUCAUCGACUGUAUCUCCCUCCACCGCAGCCGCUUCAAUUUGGUCCACCGCCUGCUCGCAGCCUAAGCCACCGUAUCCCUAAGCAAGUGGGGUUCGGUCUUUUUCACCCAUUUGCUCAAUCAGGUGCGGUUGUUGGUUUUGGCUGCCUUUCUACCGCAAUCCUUCUCGGAGGGACUUCUUCAACCCUGGACGGCGUUGCAGGGUUGAGAUGCUGAAGGCGACUUACGUGAACAGCUCACUCGAGUGGAAGCCGUCUCCAGUUGUAGCCCUAGCUACCAGCGCCGAUGACUCCCAAGUUGCCGCCGCUAGGGAGGAUGGCUCCCUGGAGAUUUGGCUCGUCUCUCCUGGCUCAGUUGGUUGGCACUGCCAGCUGACUAUUCAUGGCGAUCGUAGUUCAAGAGUUUCAUCGCUCGUGUGGUGUCGGGCUGGCUCGAAGGGAUUACCUUGUGGCAGAUUGUUCUCGUCAAGCAUUGAUGGGUCUAUUUCAGAGUGGGACCUUUUUCACUUGAAGCAAAAGAUUGUUCUGGAGUCAACUGCCUUCUCGAUUUGGCAGAUGGCGGUUGCACCUCCCAGUGGAGCACAUCCCUCAGAGGUCAAGUCUCAGAAUUUGGCAAAUGGCUUCUUGAAUGGCAUCCAUCAUGGUAACGAUCAUGAUGAUAAUGAAUCUAGUGAAAGUGAUGAUGAUUCAAGCUCUGACGAGCAUCUCAAUCAAGUUAUUGAAGAUACGCCCUUGGCAAUUGCUUGUGACGAUGGUUGUGUGCGUAUAUACACUGUUCCAGAAUCUGAUGAGUUGAUAUACAAUAGAACAUUGUCUAGGGUCAGUGGCCGCACUUUAUGUGUGACAUGGAGUUGUGAUGCGAGUAAGCUAUUCUCAGGCAGCAGCGAUGGUUUUAUUAGAUGCUGGGAUGCGACGCUGGGCCAUGAAAUAUAUAGAAUCACAGUUGGGCUUGGUGGUCUGGGUGGUGGAACUGAAAUUUGUGUGUGGUCUCUGCUUGCACUGAGAUGUGGGACCCUCGUUAGUGCAGACAGUACUGGCACUGUUCAGUUUUGGGACUCUCAGCAUGGGACUCUCUUGCAAGCACAUUCUUAUCAUAAGGGUGAUGUAAAUGCGUUGGCAGUUGCUCCUAGUCAUACCAGGGUAUUUUCUGCUGGAUCAGAUGGUCAGGUUAUUCUUUAUAAGCUUUCUAAUGAUGUAGUUGGAUCUAGUGUUGAUACAUCUACAUCCAUUGUAAUGAAGAAAUGGGUCUAUGUUGGUUAUGUUAGAGCUCAUACACAUGAUAUUAGAGCUUUAACUAUGACUGUACCAAUCAGCCGUGAAGAUGCUUUACCUGAGGAGAAGGCGAAAAUGGGCCGGAAAAGGAGGCGGCAUAUUGAGUUUAGCUAUCACAAGUGGGCACAUUUAGGAGUUCCCAUGUUAAUUUCUGCUGGUGAUGACACAAAGUUAUAUGCUUAUUCUGCCAAGGAGUUCUCUAAGUUCUCUCCCCACGACAUCUGUCCCGCACCUCAGAGAAUGCCCAUUCACUUGGUUCUUAAUACCGUGUUCAACAAGAAUCCCUUACUUCUUGUCCAAGCAUCUAAUUCCUUAGAUAUUUUAUCUGUCCGGUCAAAUAGUGGAAACAUAGCAGAUGGUGUUCCUGGUUCAUCAAAGGGCCGUGCAACCACAGAUUUACUGGCUAGAAUAAAAACAAAAGCAUCCCGUAAGAUCAUAUGUAGUGCCAUUUCUAAUACUGGAAUGCUAUUUGCUUACUCAGACCACAUUAAGCCCAAUCUUUUUGAAUUGAAGAAGCAUGAAGCUAGCAAAAUUGCAUGGACAGUAAGCAAAGUACCACUUCCUCCCAAGUUGCCAUACUCGCAUUGUAUGAUCUUUAGUUCUGAUUCUUCAAGGCUAAUAUUGGCAGGCCACAACAGAAAGAUAUAUGUUGUUGAUAUGGAGACCUCUGAGUUAGUGCAUGCCUUCACUCCCCAGCGUCACGAUUACAAUGAGGAAUUACCGCCCUCUGAGCCUCCAAUGACAAAAAUGUUCACCAGCAACGACGGACAGUGGUUAGCUGCCGUUAAUUGCUUUGGCGAUAUUUAUGUGUUCAACAUGGAGACACAAAGGUGUAAAUAAACCCCAGUCCUUGGUUUCUUUUUCGUGUGGAUUGGCUUCACGUGACUUCAGCAUUCUGAUUAUCUGCAUUCAGAUUUUGCUUCUUAUAAACUGAUGGAUCCUUGGCAACAUUGGUUCAUUUCGAGACUAGAUGGUGCUUCUGUUACUGCUGGUGGUUUCCCACCACAAAAUAACAAUGUGCUUGUAGUCACUACCUCCGCGAACCAAGUUUAUGCAUUUGAUGUAGAGGCAAAACAGUUGGGGGAAUGGUCAAGGAGGCAUACUUCCUAUCUACCAAGGAGAUACCAGGAGUUUCCUGGAGAAGUUAUUGGUCUCUCUUUUCAGCCUUCGUCUGCUUCUGCAUCUGCCUUCAUUUAUAGUGCAAGGGCAAGGUGUCAGAUCGACUUCGGGAUGCCAGUGGAUAGAGAGGAAGAUGGUGACUUGGCUAACGGUCCUGUUUCCACAAAAAAGAUACGAUUGAAAACCCCGGUGAACAACGGUAGCCUGAAAAGAAUACUGAAAGAGUAUCAAACAAAGACUGAAAAUAGGAAGAACUUUGAAUUUCAUUCUUUCAGGGAUCCCGUGUUAUUCAUGAGGCACCUUUCAGAGAAUAGCAUAUUGAUCGUCGACAAGCCAUGGUUAGAUGUAGUUAAAUCUUUAGAAGCUCCUCCAGUUCACAGACAUAUAUUUGGCACUUAAAGAGUGUUGUGAAAAGAGUUAUAAUGAAUCAGUUGAUCCACAACAAGACGAAAGGGGAUAUCAGGUAAGGCACUCAGAAGCAGAGUGGUAAACUGAAACCGGUGGGUUUCCCUAGGCUUCCCGUGGCAGCUACUUGGGGGGAGAAUGCAGGUGCUCUCAAGCCUUGCUCAUGGGUUUCGCAUUUGAUUUGGAAAGAAGGAUUGACAGUUUUGCAGGCCAAGGUUGGCGAUUGUGGGACUGGUACUACUGCAUGGUUUGGGGGUCGGGGCUAUUUUCUUGUUGUUUAUUGGAUCCCUAUUAAUAGUUCUUCUAUGCCCUUUUGGAGGGUUGUCUUUUUCUUUCCAUAUCUUUUUGGUGCGUUGUUUCUGGGGACCUUAUAGCAACGGUAGUAGUUCAACUCAAUUUUGUCCUAAAUUUUGGCCUAAAUCUAUACGAAAUGUACAAGUUCCCCUAACUCCAUCCUGUCCAAUGAAUUGUUGUAUUGUUUCAUAGUAGAGAUUGAAUCAAUG